AUGAACGGAGUACACGGUCUUGCCAGUGCUAUGGCCCCUCAUCAGAGUUAUCUCCUGACCGGCAAGGUCGCAUUGGUCACAGGUUCAGGCCGUGGUAUGGGCCGUGAGACUGCCCUCGAACUUGCCCGCCGAGGUGCCGACGUUGUUGUCAAUUACGCCAACUCCUCAAAAGCCGCCGAUGAGCUUGUCAAGGAAAUCAAGAAAUUGGGUCGAGACUCGAUCGCCAUCAGGGCGAACGUUGCCAACGUACAAGAGACGAUUGACAUGUUCGCACAGGCCAAGAAGCACUUCGGAAAGUUGAACAUUGUGGUUUCAAACUCCGGUGUUGUUUCCUUCGGCCACUUGAAGGACGUCACAGAAGAGGAAUUCGACAGAGUCUUCAACAUCAACACUAGAGGUCAAUUCUUCGUUGCAAGAGAAGCCUACAAAGCCCUCGAGCCAUAUGGCAGAAUUAUCCUGAUGGGUUCCAUUACAGGUCAAGCCAAGGGUGUACCAAUGCACACAGUCUACUCAGGCUCAAAGGGUGCCAUCGAGACUUUCGUCCGAUGCAUGGCCAUCGAUGCUGGUGAUAAGAAGAUUACAGUCAAUGCUGUUGCUCCAGGUGGUAUCAAGACUGACAUGUACCACGCUGUCUGCAGAGAGUACAUUCCAAAUGGUGCCAACUUGUCAGACGAUCAGGUCGAUGAAUAUGCCGCUACCUGGUCACCAAUGAACAGAGUCGGUAUGCCAAUGGACGUUGCACGUGUCACCUGCUUCUUGGCCUCGCAGGACGGUGAAUGGAUCAACGGCAAGGUCAUCGGCAUUGACGGUGGCGCUUGCAUGUAA